UACAAGUGGGUCUUCUCUCGCCGCACAAUACGCAUGUUUCUCACUGGGAGAGCACAUCAGAUCGCACCUUUCUGUGUGAGGACUCUCAUACUUUUGCAGGAGUGUGGCAUUCGCACAUGGCAUGUGAUUCGUUGGAAAUUCCCGAGACCCCUCCUUGGAAGCUCUAUCCACCAGCGGUAGAUGUCUCACUUGCCUAUUUCGAGAAGAGGCAGGUGUCUCCGGAUGAGUUUCGGCUGAGGUCUUUAGAGUUGAUUGCGUCAUACCCGGAUCACAUGAAGACCUACACGGACGGUUCGAAAGCGGAUGCCGAUGUUGGAUGUGCUUUUGUCCAAGGUCCUGUUACACGGCCUUUUGCUCUGCCUGGACACGCAUCGGUCUUCACAUCCGAGCUAAUAGCCAUUAAUAGCCAUAAAGCACUCCAUUUCAUAGAAGUUGACGGUGACGAUCAACACUUAGUUUUAUCGGACUCUCUUAGUAGCCUGAUGGCACUCCAAGAUUUAGAUUCAUCACAUUUCAUCGUUCAGAACAUUUUAACUCUUCUUACUACACUGUCGCGAUCCGGGAAGCAGGUGGUAUUCUGCUGGAUACCAAGCCACGUUGGCAUAUCGGGUAAUGGAGCGGCUGAUGCCGCGGCAAGGCGUGCCACACACGCAUCUGGCACCCUUACGAUGACAGUCCCCGCUAACGACCUAUGUGCCGUGGUAUCUGCCUUUAUGUUGAAGCAGUGGCAAGCGCAUUGGGAUGUGCAUGCUGCCAAUAAACUGAGGGAGAUAAGGCCCCGGUUGGGACCAUGGGCGUCCAGCUGUCGUAGGGUGAGGCGGGAGGAAGUGACGCUAUGCCUCCUGAGAAUAGGCCACACAUAUGCAACUCACCGAUACCUCUUAUGCGGGGAAGACCAACCGCGGUGUCCUCGCUGCGGGGAUCGUUACACCGUACGACAUGUCUUGAUCGAUUGUGCCCACCUCGCCUUGGAACGUAUGCGCCAUUUUGGAUCUGGGUCCUUGCGUCCAGCGCUCUGUGGUAUGUUUGGAGACGAUUCCAGCUCAGUACAUGACGGUUACAUCUUUAGUUAUCUUGAUGACGUACAAUUUCAUGCCACAUAUUGAACGAAACCUUAUCUCUCCGCUUUUUCAGGCAACUGUUAGAUAAAAAGUAGGUUAUGGGCGCCAUGUGACCAACGUAGUCGGUGCGCCCCAAAGCCCAAAUCAUCAUCAUCAUCAUCCACUACGUCAGUGGCAACCACGCGCUGGUCACAAACGCAAAACAGAACACAUCCCGUACCUUGUGCGCAACGCGCCCGCGGAAGGCGAGGCGCCCCUCAACCGAACCCCGCUGGCUGUUGCAGGCUCGAUGACGGCGGCAGCGGCGGCGGCAGCGGCGGCGGCGCGGCCGUUCGUGUGCUCACUGUGCGGCAAGGCGUUCCGGGCAGCGUCGUCGCUGUCGCACCACGCGGCCGUGCAUCGCGGCCUCACCACGUGUCCGAUCUGCGGCCGGGUCA